UUUUCGCGUGAAACACCGGUGUUUUCCCGCGGAUUUUAUUUCAGAACUUGUAUUAACGGCAAUUUGCUUUUAUUAUAAAUUUAUUAAUGUUAAAAAUGUAUUAUUUAUGAUGAAUUAGCUUUAUAUACGUUUAAAAAGAUACAAUAUUAUACAAAAUUUACAGUUUAUUCUUUAUUACCGAAUAAAAUUAGAAACAUUUUUACAGAUUGUGAAAAAGGUUAUGUGAAAGGCAUAAUUAAAGACACUCUUGUGAAUAUAAUAUUAAUUAAAAGCCUUAAAAUCUAUAGAAAUUACUAGUAGUAUAUAUAAUGGAUAUUUCGAAAGAAAAAGAUGAUUGUGCUGUGUCCCAAGCAACCCCAUCGAAACAAAAAAAAUUAAAGCAAGCUCUAUUACCAUUUCAUACAUUGAGUCCAUCAGAUCCUGAAAAUUUAAAAAACAAAAAAAGAAAAUUGUCAUCUUCAUCUCCAAGUGGAUGUAAGAGUGAGAAAAUAUCAAAAUUAGAAAAAAAAGAAAAUUUACAGAACAUAUCAAUUAAUAAAGAAACAACGGAUGAGUCGAAGGAAAAUGAGAAAGAUCAAGAUGAUUCUAAAGAAAGCGAUGAUGAAAGUAAAGAAAGAAAAAGUGAGGAAAAAAGUGUCAUGAAACCUGAUGCUUUAUUGAAGUAUAUCAAAAGAACUUCACCUUCUGGAACUCUUUUAAAACAGUUUAAUCUCGACAAAAAUGUACCGGUUCUUAUUAUAAAUAGAUGUGAUGAUGAUAUUCGAAAAAGUCAAGAUAGUUCUAGUCAAAAUCAUGCAUUGAACAAUUCUGUUGAUUCAACUAACACUUACGCUAAGGAUUCAAUGAUCGAGACAACUGGAUUGAAUGAUAAAACUUUGUUAGGAAGUAAAGACAUAGAUGUGAGGGAUAGUGGUAGAGGAUCUUCAGAAUCAUGUAAAAUUGAUAAUACAGAUACAGAAACUGAGUCUUCCUCGUCUGAAGAUGAAGAUGAUGAUGAUGAUAAUGAUAAUGAUAAUGAUAGUAAGAAAUCUAACGAUGAUCUAGAUGAAGUGUCUGGCAAAGAAAAUGGCAACAAUAGUAGUCUCGAAAAAACUCCGAAAUCUAGCAAAAAUGCAGAAAAAAAAAAUAAUAUAGUAAGAAGAUUAACACCUAAACAACUUGAGAAACGAAUGGAAAGUGAGAAGAAGAAAGAAGAAAGAAAAAAAUUAAAAGAGGAACGAGAAAAACAACGAAUAGAAGAAAGAAAGGAGCGGAGAGCGAAGAAAGAAGCUGAAAGAGAACAGAAGAGAAAAGAGAAAGAAGAGAAAAAAUUAAAGAAACAAAUGGAAAUUGAACAAAAGCAAGAGGAAAAAGAACGAAAAGAAAAAGCUAAGGAAGAAGAAAGAUUGGAAGCUGAGCGUAAAAAACAAAAGGCUGCCUCAACAUUUAUAAGCUUUUUCGUGCCAAAAAAUCAAGAAGUAAAAUCAGCAGUUGAAGAAAAAAAUAUUUCAGCCUGUAAUUUUAUGCCAUUUGAAAUAAAAGCCGACAUGAAGAUGGCUCCUUGUCGGAGAACGUUCAGUAAUGAUGAAAAAAUUACUUUUGAAGAUCUGUUCUCCAAAAAUAAUGAGGAAAUUGGAAAAUUGUAUAUUGCAGAGUUAAAAAAUGAUAAAAGUAAAAUUCGUCGAUCUGCAAAAACGUGGCCACUUGAAGCGAAAGAUGAUGAAGUGAAAGAUGAGGUGACAAUUAUAGGUGACGAUGUCAUGGAUGAAAAUGUAGAUCAACCGAGUUCUGUAUUACCAAGGCAUCGACCUAAACUACUUUCCUUUAGUGAAAAUCGUCGACCACCGUAUUGGGGUACUUGGAGAAAGAAAAGUAAAAUUGUCAAUCCUCGUCGGCCAUUUGCUAAGGAUUCGCAAUAUUUUGACUAUGAAGUUGAUUCUGAUGAAGAGUGGGAAGAAGAAGAGCCUGGAGAGUCACUACAUGGUUCAGAUGAUGAAAAGGAUAAAGAGGAAGAUGGUACUGAUGACUAUGUUGUGGAUAACGAAUUCAUGGUUCCCCAUGGAUAUUUGUCAGAUGAAGAAAUUAGCGAAAGUGUGUCUCCAGAGACUCAGAAAUGCAAGCUACAAAUUCUGAAAGAACAAUUUGAGGCAGAGAUGAAAGAAAAGACGUCAAAAGUUAAGCCACAAAUCAUUGGUAUGAUAUGGCAAGGUCCUCUCAAUUCUUAUCCAGAAGAAAUGAAUCCAAGUGUCCUUAAUUUCUUGAAAAUGCGGCAAGUUUGGAUUAAAGAAACUCCAAUAAUUUUGGAAGCCUUAGCUAAUUCUAAUUCAUCGAAUACCGAAGCACCAUCAAGUGCGAAGAAAGAUAAAGAAAAAACCCCAGGACCUAAAAAAAUGAGAUGUCCAGAUGAAGCAGUGCCUGACUUGAUUCGUUUGUUACAUGGAAAUACUAACGGUCGAUCAUUCCUUAUUAAAGAAUUUAUGACGUACUGGGAGCGAAAGCAUCCCGCGGAAGAGCAAAAAUUAACUCAAAUUAGUGUUGGGAAAAAAAUUCGAGAACUUGCAACACGCAUGUUAUGCCCAGAAAAGGGUCCAAUGUAUUUAAAAAGAUGUUGGAUGGUAUCUGAAGAAAUUCGUAAAAAAUAUGGAGUGGAAGAAUUGACUUUACCUAACAAGUGGUUAUACGAGUUAACACCUAUGAGAAAAAGCAAAGUAACUGAAACAGCAGAGCCUGCUGAAAAAAUAGAAAAAGAAGUCGAUCGUGAAAAGGAGAAAGAUCAGAAAAAUAAAGAAAAAGAAAAGAAGACCACACCAUUGAUUACGCAGUUUACAAAGAAAAUUACCCAGGAAGAGAUGAAGAAGCAGUUGUCAGUGAAAUCUGUUCCUCCUCUGACACCAAAGCCUUCAGUUAUUCCAAAUAAACCAGGUAAGAGAGUGGCUCUGAUUUCUGUUCCAAGGGGUGGGCAAUUCCCCAAAUCUUCUACUAUCAGCAUAUCUUCGAAAGUGUCACAGGAGACCCCAAAUCUAGAACGUCCGGGUAGCUCAAAUUCACCAAUUAUGAUUGAUGAUUUACCAGAAAGAAAUACUCCAAUAUCACAACAAACUGAUCAUCACGUUUUGGAAACACAAGAAACAUGUAAUCUUAGUGGCGAUAAAAAUUCAGUUAAGGAAAAUCAAUCUACUGAAUUAAAUAAUAAGCCAGACCAAAUGGAACUGAAAGAAAAUAAAUAAUUAUUUCGAAAACGUACUUUAAUAAUGGUUUUAAAAUGAAAAAAAAACAUCAAAAUUAAAAAAACUCCUCAAUGCCGUGCAGUAGUUUUAACAAAACUUUGGAAUCUUAACACAUUGCGUGUGAGACUGCAAUAGAAUCGACAACUCUUCGUCUUUUGCCAUUAUAACAUCGGUGGGAAUCAAUGCGAUUAUUAUCGUACACGAUAAUCGAGUAAUAAAUCGAACCACGACGUUGCACGUAUUCUCUCCCUUUCUCAUGAUUUUCUUGUUCUCUAACAAUCUUUGAAGAUUGAUACAUCGAUAUGGUUUUUCAUCAUAAUUUUGACCAUAAUUUAUUUAUAAGACUUCAAAAAACAAAAUAAUAUUUUUCAAAAAACUCGAUUCGUAAUAGAUAUAAAUAACAUAUUUUUAGAAAAUCUAUAUUAAGUAUUAUAUAUAUGUGUAUUCAAAUUCAUAAUCAUUCAUUCAAAAUGUUGCCGACUUAAUAGAUAAAUUUUAUAAAUGGAUUUUACAGUGCAUACAUACCUCCAAAAGCCUGAAAUUGUUGUGAUAAUCGUUUUUGUACUAUUAUUUUUAUUAUUAUUCAAUGACAACUAGUAAGUGCCUUAACUGCCUUUUUAUAGUUAUAUUGUAAUAAAUAAUGGAAAUAGGGAUGUAUGUGUAUUUUCAUGUUAUUUGAAAGAGUGUAGGUAUAAAUGCAAAAAAGAUGAUAUUUUUCUAUAUCGUUUGGAUUAUUCUUUUAAAUACUCUAUUACAUUUGCGUACUUGCUUUAUUUUUAUGUCAUACAUAUAUUAUUGUAUUAUACAAUCGAAUGAUCAAACAACUGAUUUUUUUUAUUUUAAAAAAUUGUUGAAAUAGAAUAGAUGUCUCAUCUAUGACAAUUGAAAAUAUCAAAUUAUAUUAAGUAUAAAUUCUAGACUUUUUUUAUUGAAAUGUCUAAUUUAUCCAUAAUUAAAUUACUUACUAAUUGUAAGUUUUAUGAAGGUGGUAAUUGAAUUGCAAAAGUAGGAUUUAUUUCCUAGGACCAUAAAAUGAAAAGAUUAACUACUGAUAAGUGCUGGUUCUAUCUAUGGUAUUUAAAGUAUGUUGAGCAAUGUAUAUAAUAAAAAAAACAAUUGGUUGUUAUAGAUGAA